AUGAUCCCUCUAAGACUGCCUGCGCGGUCUGAACAUGAACUCGAAUAUGUGUCUCAGGUAUUGGAAUCAGGCUCUCUUGGGGGCGGAGGGCCAUUUACCCAAAAAUGCGAAGAGUGGUUGGGGAAGCAACUCUCGUGUGCCAAAGUAUUCUUGACCACGUCAGGAACAGCCGCGUUGACCAUGGCUGCCCUCAUCGCCAAGCUACAACCUGGCGACGAGGUCAUCUUACCCAGCUAUACCUUUGUCUCUACUGGAAACGCCUUUGCCAGUCGCGGUGCAGUCCCUGUCUUCGUGGACAUCAUCCCUGGUCAAAUGAACAUUGAUGCAAGUAUCAUUGAAAAAGCAGUAACCAGCAAGACCAAAGCCAUUGUGCCUGUCCAUUAUGGCGGCGUGGCGUGUGACAUGACGACCAUCAUGUCUAUUGCCGAACGGCAUCAUCUUCUUGUGAUUGAGGAUGCUGCGCACAGUUUACAGGCUUCGUUCCAAGGCCGACCUCUAGGCUCAAUUGGACACCUCGCCUGCUUCAGUUUUCACGAAACCAAGAACAUCACCGCUGGUGGCCAAGGCGGUGCCUUGAUCGUCAAUGACCCCAGCCUUGUCGAUGGGGCUGAGUUGGUGUAUGAGAACGGCACAAAUCGGGCUCAACACCUCUCUGGCAAAGCGCCCUCGUACUCCUGGCAGACUGUCGGGAGCAAUUUCGUCUUGUCUGAAGUCCUCGCUGCUUUACUCUGGUCGCAAUUGGAGAUGGCUGAGACGAUUCUCAACAGAAGGAAGUAUCUACACCAACGAUAUAGCCAUCUCCUACUCAACACUCAAUCGCACCGAGCCGGAUAUAUCAGCAUCCCGCCCGACCACUUUCACAACUGCGAACCCAAUGCUCAUAUCUUCUACAUCUUGCUCAGGGACCCCACUUUGCGCGCAAGACUACAGGCAUUCAUGAAGGAUCGCUCUAUCCAAACCAGCCCACACUAUGUGCCCCUUCAUUCUUCACGGAUGGGGUCUUCUCAGGGUCGCUUCAUAGGCGAGGACAACCACACCACGCACGCAAGCAAACAAGUCCUUCGCCUACCGCUGUAUUAUGCUUUGUCUGACUCGGAUCAGGAGUUGGUGGUUGACGCAAUCGAGUCUUUUUUUGCCACCUUGGAGGUAUCAGAUACAGCGGAGCUGUCGAAGGCUUGCUCUUGA